CGUUGGCACGUCACUGUCGGCAGAAGAAACACGCUUCUACCCACCGGCCUGGACCUACACACCGGCAGAAAAACAGCUAACCAUGAGUGCUUUGGACUUUCUGGCUAAGGAGAAGAUCUGGUUUGAUAAACCGCGCUAUGAUGAAGCAGAGAAGCGUUUCUAUGAGCGGAUGAGCAGCACCUCAAGCACAUCUCAAAGCACAGGAGAACUUGGUGCCAACUCUAUUCUUAAAGACAUCGCCAGAGCCAGAGAAAACAUCCAGAAGUCUUUAGCCGGAAGUACGAGUACCAGCAGCAAUAAUGCAACAGAUCAGAGUGAAAUUAUCUCUCGUAUCAACAGUCUGGAGCAUGAGAACCAGAGCCUACACAAAGUGGUGGAAGACCUCCGAGCAGCGCUUUCUAAACUGGAGAGUCGAGUAGCCGUCCUAGAGAAGUCUCCUGCACCUGUCACUCCAGCUCCCAUUAUCCCUGUCCCUUACACUAAUGGCACUACUGUUGAGCAGAAGAGCAGCGUGGGUGAUGAACUGGAGGAAGACGAAGAUGAUGACGACUUGGACCUCUUCGGCAGUGAUGAAGAUGAAGAGGCAGACCGAAUCAAAGAGCAGAGGUUAAAGGAAUAUGCAGAGAGAAAAGCAAAGAAGCCAGCCCUCAUUGCAAAGUCUUCAAUCUUACUCGAUGUCAAACCUUGGGAUGAUGAAACGGACAUGGCAAAGCUGGAAGAGUGUGUACGCUCCGUGGAAGCCGAUGGGUUAUUAUGGGGUACAUCCAAGCUGGUUCCUGUUGGUUACGGCAUCAAAAAGCUCCAAAUUGCUUGUGUGGUGGAAGACGAUAAAGUUGGAACGGACUUGCUCGAAGAAGAAAUCACCAAAUUUGAAGAAUACGUCCAGAGUGUUGAUGUCGCAGCCUUUAACAAGAUCUGAAAAGUGUCUGUUUACCUUUUUCGUCAUGCCUUGUUUCUGUGCUACUCCUGUCAACUGUUCACAAAAUAAAAAUCUAUUGCACUGUUG